AUGAGGUUUGCUGCUGCUGCAUUACGUUUAAACUUGAAUCGCGCUUCUACACUGCUCCGGUAUAGACACACACAAGCAGCACCCCGACAACCACCGCUUGCUUUCGUAUUCGACAUUGAUGGCGUCCUCAUCCGAGGUCCAAACGUUCUUCCAGCUGCUAAAAAAGCACUUAACACACUACAAGGAGACAAUCCCUUCCGAAUGAAGAUACCCUACAUUUUGCUCACAAAUGGAGGCGGAGUCACAGAGGCUGAGAGAUCGCAACGCCUUUCGGCCCAAUUGGGCGUCCCGAUAGCAGAAUCUCAAUACAUUCAAGCACAUACCAUACUCAAGAAGCAUGCCAAGCAAUACGCAAAUAAACCUGUCCUUGUCCUCGGUGGGAAGUUGGACAAGGUUCGAAAAGUCGCUGAGCACUACGGUUUCCAAAAAGUGUAUACGACCUUGGAUGUGCUCGCUUGGAAUCCAGCUGUCUGGCCUUUCCACCAGCUCACGGAAGCAGAGAAAGCUGUCGCCAGGCCCUUAGAUUUCUCGAACGAAUCUAUAUCUGCCGUAUUCGUGUUUCAUGAUCCAAGGAACUGGGCACUUGAUGUCCAAAUUCUAUGUGAUAUUAUCCAGUCCGGAGGCGUGGUCGGAGGACCCCCUAUGCCUAUCGAGUCCAUCUCGAAUCCAGUCAACGUGGUUUUCUGCAACCCGGAUCUCAUCUGGCGUUCAGACUUUCCUCAACCAAGGCUGGGUCAGGGUGCCUUCAGGGAAGCGUUCCAGGCUGUCUUCAAGGCUUUGACGGGAAGCAAUUAUCCCCACGUUCAAUAUGGCAAACCCUCCAAAGAGACUUACGACUUCGCGAGAGAGGUGCUGACGAGCCACUUCCGCGAAGAACUCGGCCACAGCCCCUUGCCACCCACUUUGUAUAUGAUUGGUGAUAACCCUGAAUCUGAUAUUGCUGGAGCAAAUGGAGCCAAGUGGAAUUCGGUCCUUGUCAAGACUGGCGUCUAUGACCCCGAAAGAGGUCCACCGAAGCAUUCUCCUACCCACAUCGCUGAAGACGUUGAUGAAGCUGUGAGAUGGGCCAUCGAACGCGAAUAUGCCAAGCAUAUCCAUUCCGGCCGCAGUGCCUAA